UCUCCGCCACCAGGACAGCUCUCAGCAUCCAUUCUCCUUGCCUUCUUCUACUAAUAGAGAAAUUUCAGUUCCCAUUUUGCCCUUGGACUUCAGCUUCAAAAUGACAUUAAUACCCUCAUCAUCUCCUUCAAUCUCCAACUAAUCCAAAUCCCACUCCAUCCCUUGUACAAAAGAAUCAAAUUCUUAUGCCGAUGGGAACUCUUCCAAGCUCCUCUGUUAUAUUCAAUCCCAACCUCAGAUUCCGUCUCUUUCCCGCCUCCGCCGUGUCGAAGAUCCGGGCGCCAUCCGAGCGUCGGAUUCCAAAGAAUAUCUGCUUUUUGUGCAGAGAGAUUGAAAUAUCAAGACGGUGGCGCAGGUCAGAUAGAUUUAGGUGCUUCAGUGUCGAUGGAAAUGACGGAAGAGAUGAUAAGGUAGCGGAGCAAUCGAAAGCGACGGCGAUGGUAACGGAAGAGAAGGAGCGGAUGAACGGUGAUGAUUCUACGAAGCCGGAGCAGACGCCACCACCAGCUUCCUUCUCUAACAGGCCAUCAGGCAUUUCCCCAGAGGGACCAGUUUAUAGCAGUUUUCAAGUUGAUUCUUUUAAAUUGAUGGAACUCCUUGGACCUGAGAAGGUAGAUCCUGCAGAUGUGAAGUUAAUUAAGGAAAAGCUUUUUGGCUACUCAUCUUUCUGGGUUACCAGAGAAGAGCCAUUUGGAGACCUCGGUGAAGGCAUCCUUUUCCUUGGAAACUUAAGGGGUAAGAGAGAAGAGGUUUUUGCCAAACUUCAGCGUCAGCUUCGUGAAAUCACUGGCGACAAGUACAAUCUGUUUAUGGUCGAGGAACCCAACUCAGAAGAACCAGAUCCACGUGGUGGGCCGCGUUUAAGCUUCGGUUUGCUGCGGAAAGAAGUCUCUGAACCAGGACCAACUACACUUUGGCAAUAUGUGAUUGCUCUCCUGCUAUUUGUUUUCACCAUAGGCUCCUGUGUAGAGCUAGGAAUUGCAUCUCAGUUAAAUAGGCUCCCGCCGGAGUUAGUGAAGUACUUCACAGAUCCAGACGCUACUGAAGCACCUGACAUGCAACUGUUACUCCCAUUCGUGGAGUCUGCUUUGCCGCUGGCAUAUGGUGUCUUGGGAGUCCAAUUAUUUCAUGAGGUUGGACAUUUUCUGGCUGCGUUUCCCAAGAAAGUGAAAUUAGGGAUUCCGUACUUCAUUCCCAACAUUACACUUGGCAGCUUUGGUGCAAUCACUCAGUUCAAAUCUAUUCUUCCUGAUCGAAGGACAAAGGUCGACAUCUCGGCUGCGGGUCCAUUGGCUGGUGCUGCACUCUCCUUUUCAAUGUUUUGUGUUGGUCUAUUGCUCUCAUCAAAUCCAGAUGCCGCGGGAGAUUUGGUGCAGGUGCCUAGCUUGCUAUUCCAGGGUUCCCUGCUUCUUGGGCUCAUCAGCAGAGCUACUCUUGGCUACACUGCCAUGCAUGCUGCUUCUGUUUCAAUACAUCCGCUUGUGAUUGCAGGCUGGUGCGGUUUAACCACAUCAGCUUUUAACAUGCUUCCUGUAGGAUGCCUUGACGGUGGAAGAGCUAUACAGGGUGCCUUCGGGAAAAAUGCACUGAUUGGAUUUGGUUUGACAACAUACUCACUGCUGGGAUUAGGAGUGCUUGGCGGACCACUGUCUCUUCCUUGGGGACUGUAUGUGCUAAUAUGCCAGCGUACGCCGGAGAAACCAUGCCUGAACGAUGUCUCUGAGGUCGGGACAUGGAGGAGAACAGCUCUGGUGGUAGCCAUAUUCCUUGUUGUAUCGAUACUCCUUCCUUUAUGGGAUGAACUAGCAGAAGAGCUAGGUAUAGGACUUGUAACCACAUUUUGAUGUAAUUAUCUCAAUAAAUACAUGUAAAAUCCACUUCUAGUUUUGAUUUUCUAGCGAAUAAACGGGCCACUGAUUGGCGUUGUAUUCAGUCAAUGCAAGAGGUGAUUAUUUUUUGCCAA